CCACUACAUACAAGGUUGUCUCUCUUUUAUUAAAGUUGGCUUCACCCUUCUAGCUCUCUCUCUCUCUCUCUUCUAUUGACUUUGAAAGGGUACUAGCUAGAAACUAUUUACAAAACUCCAGCAUCAUCAAAUCAAAAGCUGGAAUUAGGGUUUCCCUAAUUCCCAAAUGAUGAAGAAACGCCAAGUGGUAGUGAAGAAUAGAUCAGAUGGGACUGCUAAUAGAAGAUCAGUUGCUGCUUCUACUACAUCAUCUUCAGUGUUGACAAGUAUUAGGUAUGGUGAGUGUCAGAAGAAUCACGCGGCGAACAUGGGGGGAUACGCGGUGGACGGAUGCAGGGAAUUCAUGGCAAGUGGAGAAGAAGGCACGAAUGGUGCACUUACUUGUGCUGCUUGUGGCUGCCACAGGAACUUCCAUAGGAGGGAAGUGGAAACUGAGGUUGUUUGUGAGUAUUCUCCACCUAAUUCUUCUUCUCAUCGCCGAUGGAUCGAAUAAUUACAGAGAAAUCAAACUUAGAUUGCUGUACAUUUAUGUUGAUCCAAAUUAAAGGGGGGAUUAAUACCCAAAACAUGCAUAGAUUUGAAGCUCUUGUGGUCGUGUAGUGCUCAUGUUCAUAAUAUAUAAUGAAACAAACCUCUAAAGAAAGAUUAAUGGGGGAUUUAUGGUUUUUUUUUUUCGUUUUGGGAUUGUGUUUUUUUCCUGGAUUUGAGAUUGAAAGAAAAACAAAACAAAACAAAGGAUAUGUAAUUCCUUGGUUGGAAAUUCGAGUGUGUCAAGAUACAAGUGUACUCUUAAGUUCUGAAGUGUUCUGCGAAUAUAUGAUUGAAAAUUUGAAAUCUUUUCUCUUUUCU